UUCUCCGGACGGGGGCGGGGCCACGUAGCUUCCAGGAGAUUACGUCGUUUGCGUUAAGUUACCGGCGCGGGUGGCGAGGCAGUCUGGGAAGGACUCCAUUUUACCUGGUGGGACAUAGGAGAGCAAGACAAGGACCACGAGGCCCAAGAGGACGCUCCUUGUGACCAUACCAAUCAGCAAAGAAGCAGCUUCGGUGCCCGGGAGAGUGACGCUCUACGCAGCCUUGGCGAGACGGGGAGCUGCAUGGCUAGUGAACCUUUUGGAACAAGAACAUCUGCCUGCUCCACUGAGCAGUCCAAUCAGCAAAAGGAUGUUUGUGAUGUGGUCAAAAGAACACAUCUGUGAAAGACUCAUAAAGAACUGCGGAGCAGAAGAAAAUCAGCAAAGAGACUAGAGGACCUGGGUUUUGAAGAGCACAGAGAAAAGGUGAAGCAUGCCCAAGUGCACGAAGGGACUCUCCUGAGAACCACUUUCCAACCUGCAGCAAUAGAAAAGGCAGCACUGAACAGCCCAGAAUUCCUCUUCCUGGAAUUCUGCAGAAGCCUGCAAUCUCAGUCUGCUCCUCCAGGAAGAGUGAGGCCAGCCACCAGCCCCACCCAGCUCAGCCCAGCCCAGCUCUAUAAAGGAGCCUCAGACAGCCGCUGCUGGAAGUUCCAGCCCUGUGCGCUCCUUGGCCAUGAACCUCUGUGUUUCUGCGUUGCUCCUCCUCCUGGCAAUCUUAUUGCCUUCAGGAAGAGGUAUGUUUGGGAACGAUGGAGUCAAAGUUCGCACCUGCACUAGCCAGAACGCCGUGUGCUUCCUCGGGUGUCCACCGGGAUAUACAUGGAUUGCAUUCUGCCACAAUAUUUUGUCUUGCUGUAGAAAUAUGACAAAGUUUCAACCCCCGCAAGCCAAAGAUCCAUGGUCUAAAUAAAAAGAUACGUGAAUGUUU